AUGGACCGACUCCUUCAAAGGCAUAUAAACGGAAUUAGCGUAAGAAGUUGCAACGAUAACGAAGAUGACCGAGACGACGAUAGAACCGAGAUUCUCUAUAAUUCGAAAAAGCAUAAAACUCAAUUGGAGACUUUCCAGUUAACGGAAAAUGAAACUCGUCAAUAUAUCGUAUCUCAAUGGAUUUUCGAAGAUUUUCUUGCCAGCGAUCUUAAACCGAGCAAAAUUUUACAACCAACCGCCUUUUUGAAUUCCCAGUUUACCUUUCUCAAAAAGUUUCUUGAGAAGAGACAGCAGAGACAAGUUGUUCGACGGUUACUUAGCCAGGGUUUACUUCCAUCAAAUGCCAUAAAAACCAGUACUUAUACGAUCAACUUUGCUGUGCUAUCUACCGACCAUCUCGAAAUACUUUCGAAUGCAAUUCAGGAAAACUUAUAUAAGGAUGAUAUCGUAAAAAAGUCUUUACCCCCCAAAACCAUUCAAGAAAUUCCAUCAUUUUCUGAGAUACCUCGAGAAUUUAUGUGUUUGCUCGAAUCAGAGAUCUUUAUUCUAAAUGAACUGGCGGAUCAAGUGGAGCAUAUUUAUUCCAAAGAAUCUUCAGAACACAAACAAUUGUGGAAAGAAUUUGCCUUAUGGGCGUUGAAAUGUAUUUACCGACAUGUGAGGGUCCAAGAGAAGCUGUUAGAAGGACACAGUAUACACGAGACAUUUCUGCGCUACCCGAGUGAUAAACUUCACAUUGCUGAAGAAACAACUAAAAUCGUUGCAAGUGGUAGCAAUCUUCAGGGUUACCAGCACGUUUUUAAUCCACUGUGUUUUACGAAUAGUUUAGGGGAAACUGUUGUGGAUUUUUUUGAUAUUGACAAAAUAUUGGCAAGAGAAUCAGAAACGGUGGUAGAUAAAUACUGUAAACAUAUGUUCGAUAAUCCCAGGCAAUUUAAAUCGGAUUUGAUUGAACAUUUUGGAUAUUUGAUAAAAGGACUUCAACCGCUUUCUAGGUCAGUUAACAAGUAUCUCGAAACCACUUAUUCAGUUUUGUAUUCUAAGAUGAAAAAACUUGAUCUUGGGCCAAAUGCUCCGAAAUCUUUUGGUGUUUUUCCCACGGUUUCUGUUAACUUUAAUAUAAUAUGCCAAUUUUACCGCGAUUUGAAAGAUCAUCGAAACUCCUGUGUGGUUUGUCCACUUGGAAAAUUUGAAGGGCAAGCAGUAGCAUUUCAGUCAAAUAUUUUGGUUCACGGAAAUCUCCUGGUCAUCACUGGAGUUCGGAACAGCGUAGUUUUUUAUAUACAUAACACGGUGAUCAAGCAGAAGCGUAAAUUUGACUCUCUUUUUGCCGAUUACGAGUUGGACUGGGAUCAUAAUAGCAACGAAGAUGAGGUAUUACCAAAAUAUCUCCCCCGAUGCUUGGUUCUGGAGAUAAUGUAA